AUGAACCGUGCGCUGGCGCCGUUGUCCAGCUCGCGACGUUUCUUGUCCGUGACUUGGCGAUGUGCUGCCACGGAGCAGGGGGCAAUACCUCAAGGUGGGCAAGGAGUUCCAAGUGCAGCAAGUGGGAGUGAUACAAAAGAACUGCCACAGACCAGAAGAAAGCCACAUGGAUCUCUGGAAGAAGCGUUGUACCUAGCCAAGAUGGCAGGUAUCUACACUGUAGAUGAGGUUCAGUACCAGAUUGUUAAAGGGCCCGAGUUUUCCCGGGACGACAGCCCCUUCAUGUUGGAGAACUUUUUGGAGGUGGAACCUGAGGAGGGUGACUACGACAAGCUUCAGGAGGGUGAGGCGGGCAGUGAGAGCACGGGCUCAAACUCAGAUGACGGGAACAAGAACAACGUCAAUCGAAUGAUUCAUGCUGCCUUCGAGAGGUAUGGCAAGCCUGACAUGCCAGCCAAGUUCUGGCACAAAGAUGAGGAGUGGCUAUCAAGAUGUGAAGGCCGCGGAACUCGGAAGCGGGCUGCAGCUCAUGCUUUGCUGGUUCGUGGGACUGGUAUCUUCCGUGUCAACGGCAAUGAGGAGGGCAAUUGUUUUCGAUUAUUGGCUGAAAUCGAAAGGACGUAUGAAAGAAUCAGUGGCUUCAAGGUGCAGGUAUGGUGUUGA